CGCUACCCACACAAUCUUUUGCUCUUAUUAUUACUACCUCCACCCUCCCCUUAAAAACGCGCCAUUUCCACAUUCCCCUUUCUCUCCUCUCUCAUUUUCAAAAUAACCAAUUUCAAUUUCCUUCUCAUUUCUAAAACCUCUUUUCCUUCUCACUCUUCUCAGCUUAAUCUAAACCCUAAACACCUAAUCCACACGCAAUCUAACAAUGCUCCCUCACUCAUACACGUUAGAUUCCAUCUCCAAAUCCCAGGAACUAUUAUCAAGCAUCAUAUCAGCAAACUCACCUUCAGAAAUCACAUCCGUAUGCACCUCCAUAGAAACUUUCCUACACACUCACUCACCUGAUCAAUCCCGUCACUUCUUCUCCCUCACUUUCCCAACCCUAAUCUGCAACCUCUUCGGCUUCGAAAACCCUCGCGCAACUUCACCUUCAUCCAACGGUUGGAUCAACAUCCCCGUACUCAACAAAACCCUAUUCUCUCUCCUCUCCCCCACCGGCACACUCGCCACCACAAUCUCCGCCGUAGACCGUCUCUCCCUCGUUAAAUACCUCUUCCCCGCCGAACGUCUACCUCACUGGACCCGCUCUCUCUCCGAUAAACACAAUCUCUCCGAUCUUUGUCCCUCACUCUUCAAUAACUCAUCGUCUUCACCUUUCCAAAUUCAACUCAAUGUUUUCCAAUACUUCUUCUUCUGGUUCGCUUAUUACCCUGUAUCCAAGGGUAAUUCCGACAAUUCUGAUCAAGUUUCCGUCAAAACAACCGCCGUUAAAUUCAGGUUAGAAAAUUGGACUUCAUCAAUCCCCGGUUUCUCAGCUUCCAAACGUAGCGUUUCAAACCAAAAUACUCGAUGUUAUAACCUCUACACGCGCCUUCUAUACGCGUACCUACGCGCUAAUGUACCAACCUGCGAUUUAUCAUCUCACCAACCUUACCGGAGCUCCAUCCUGCACUACGGCUCGGGCCACGACGCAACGGUUGCAGCUCGAGCCGAGUUUGUUGUCAACACGCUGAUUCAUUUCUGGCUUGUUGACAACGAUUUCUCGCCGUUCCCCGUGAGUUCUUGUAAAGCUCUCGGCGUUUCGUUUCCGUUGGGAGAAAUUCCUCCCACGCCGUGUUUAGGUGAAGUUGUUAAGCUAUUUGUGAGGUAUUUAGGUUUAAGCACUGUAACUGCGUUUCGUGAGAAUGGUGAUUUUGUUCCUAGUUCUAGUAGUCCUAGGUGGAGAAAUGUGGAAGUGGCGAAGAACAAGGAUUUAGGUUAUGGAUGUUGGAACCAAUGUUUGCAGAGACCUUUGUAUAGGUUUUUGUUGAGGACAUUUUUGUUUUGUCCAAUGGCUGCUUCGCUUAAGAAUGUUUCUCAGGUGUUUUCUGUUUGGAUGAGUUAUUUGGAGCCUUGGAGUAUUAAGGGGGAUGAGUUUUCGGAGCUUGAUGCAAUGAAUGGUGAAAAUUUGGAAAAUUCUACUGUGUCUGAAAAUGUAAAUGCAAGUGGUGGUGGUGGUAGUUUUACACCGCGGUGGCAGGAUUAUGUUCUCUCUAAUUAUCUGUAUUAUACUUCAUUGGUUAUGCAUUUUAUUGGGUUUGCUCACAGGUUUUUGCAUAGUGAUGUUGAAACUGUAGUUCAAAUGGUGCUCAAGGUGUUAGACACCUUGACAUCAUCCAAAGAGCUCAUUGACAUUUUGAAGAAUGUAGAUACCCUUUUCCAUUCCAAACAGGCUGGCUCAGGCAAACCAAUGUUGAAUAACUUGUACAGAUAUGUUCCUAUCAUCCGUGACCAGUUGCAGGACUGGGAGGAUGGUUUAUGCGAGACUGAUGCUGAUGGCUCAUUCUUGCAUGAGAAUUGGAACAAAGAUUUGCGACUGUUCGCAGAUGGGGAGGAUGGGGGACAACAGCUCCUUCAGUUGUUUAUACUGCGUGCAGAAGCCGAGUUGCAAGCUAUAUCUGGUGAUAAUGUUACACCCAGUCUUCAAUGCAUAGAUUCAUUGAAGGCAAAGUUAGGGUGUUUAUUUGAUGGGCAGACUAUAAAGCCAUCUUCAACCUCCCCAGAACCAAUGCAGCAUCAACAAUCCCGUGACGACAUAUUCAAGCCUAGAAGAGCUGGCAAUCAUGUGUUAACGCAUGUUAAAUAUAAAGGUGAUUGGAUGAGGCGUCCCAUAUCGGGUGAUGAGAUUGCAUGGCUUGCAAAAGUGCUCAUUAGGUUGUCUGAUUGGUUGAAUGAGAGUCUCGGCUUAAAUCACUCAGAGACCAAUCUUGGAUUAAAUCAAACAGACAGCAGUAAGUCAAGCUCCGCUUGUUCCUAUGUUGAAGUAUCCACCGACGAAGCCAAUAUAUGUGGUCCUUCAGAGGCCCUGAAGGUUUUUAUCUGUACUGUAUGUUCAUGGUUUCUCUUUCUGGGUGCUGCUUCUCUGGGUUUCAUGCGUAGAUAUGGUCUGAGGGUGAAUCUAAGGAUACUAGCCUCCAAGAAGGUUGUAAUGGUUUUUGUUUUAUAUGCUGUUUUCAGCAUGUUGAAGAAAUUUGUUCGAGCAAUCCAUAGCAUGUAGGGACAUAUACAUCGAAUAUAUACAAAGUAUAUAUAGAGAAAUGUAGAAAGUACAGAAAAUUUUGUAAGUCAUUUUGCAAAAUUACAAGUGGUUUUGCAGCCAAAAUUAUGUCAGUUUUGUAUUUUGCUUAGAUGGAAUGGAGUAGUGAGAAAUAGCUACCUGCAUCUGUUCAACGCUUGCUUGCUUAUUUGGAAUGCGCCAAUACGUUUCUUGACAUUAACUUUUUCA